UCCAGAGGGGCUUUUUGGCUUCGAAUUGGAGUUGGCCAUCGAAUUUGCCGUCCUCUCAUUUGCAUUUGGGCAGCUCUUGGUGCCUAAUAGGGGGACUUAAUGAUCAACUAGGAACACAAAAAAGAAAGUGGGUCUAUUUUUUUUUCUUUUUCUUCACUUUCUUUUUUUCAAGAGAGAAAUUCCCUGUCUUGAAAGGUAUUGAUCAGGAGCUGCUUCAUAUAGAUAUUAGAAAAUGGCAAGUACUGAUGAUGGACAGAGGAAGAAGAGAAUCGCGAUUAUUGCGGUUUGUUCUUUCCUCUUGGUGGCCAUGGUGGUUGCUGUGACAGUCGGGGUUAGCAUCAAUGACACCAGCUCCGAUGAUGGAACCAGCAAUAGCAGUAAAAGUUCUCAGGUAUCUGCCUCCGUGAAGGCCAUCAAAUCCGUUUGCCAACCGACAGAUUUCAGGAAAACAUGCGAGGAGCAACUCCGUGCUGAAGCUGGAGAUACCACAGACAUCAAAGAACUCGUCCAAGCAGCAUUCAAGGCCGCAAUGAAGUUUGCAUCUCAAGCUGUCCAGAAUUCUACUACCUUGCGGGAUCUCGAGAAAGAUCCAAGAACGAAGAAAGCUCUAGAUGUCUGUAAACAACUAAUGACUUAUUCAAUAAAGGAGCUCAAAAAAUCAUUUGACCAGAUCGAUAAGUUGGAUAUCAACAAGUUCGAUAGAAUGUUGGCUGAUUUAAAGAUUUGGUUGAGUGCUACCAUCACCAACCAACAGACUUGCUUAGAUGGAUUCAAAAAUACAAAGUCAAAGGCUGGAGAGAAAAUGAAGAAGGCAUUGAAUGUUUCCAUGGAACUCAGCAGAAAUGGGCUUGCUAUAGCCACUGAGAUGUCUGCAGUGCUUAAACAAUUAGAAAUUCAAGGUGUAAGUCGUCGCCUGCUCCAGGAAAACCUUCCUGUUCUCGGGCAUGGCGACUGGUCGACCUAUUUAGAUAUUCCCAUGACCCGUCAUCGUCGUCUACUCCAAGACAAUGAGCCCCCUGUUCUUGGCCAUGGCCAAUUUGAGAUUCAGCCUGGAGUUCGGAGGCUCAUGGCUGCUCCUCCAUCUAGAAUCAAGGCUGACAUUGUCGUGGCCAAGGACGGAAGUGGAAACUUCACGACCAUCAACGCUGCAAUGAGCAGCAUCCCCCUGAAUGCUACCAAGCCUUUCGUGAUAUAUAUCAAGGAAGGAGUUUACGAGGAGAAUCUCGAAUUCGGUUACAAGAUGACGAAUGUGGCGUUGAUUGGAGAUGGUAAAGAGAAAACCCGUAUCACUGGCCACCUCAACAAUGCUGAUGGUGUUCCCACCUUCAGGACUGCUACAGUUGCUGUUAAUGGAGACUACUUCUUUGCUAAAAACAUUGGGUUCGAGAACUCUGCCGGGGCCGCCAAAUUCCAGGCCGUGGCCUUGUUGGUCAUAUCCGAUUUUUCAGUCUUCUAUAACUGCUCCAUGGAUGGCUACCAGGACACCCUUUACGUUCACAGCAAACGCCAAUUCUACCGUGACUGCACCAUCACCGGAACGAUCGAUUUCGUCUUCGGCGAUGCAGCCGCAGUUUUCCAGAACUGCACUUUCCUGGUCCGUGUUCCACUAAAUGGGCAGCAAUGCAUCGUCACCGCCCAAGGCAGAACCGACGCUCGUCAACCAACAGCCAUUGUCAUCCAAAACUCCACCUUCACUGCUGCUCCUGAACUGGUUCCUGUCAAGGACAAGUACCCCACAUAUCUCGGCCGUCCAUGGGGCAAUUUCUCAAGGACAAUCAUCAUGGAGUCUUACCUCGAUGACUUGAUCAAACCCGAGGGGUGGGCAAUUUGGGAUGGUCCUUGGGGCCUAAACACUUCCUUCUACUCGGAAUUCAACAACUAUGGCCCUGGCUCUAACAAGACAGGCCGUGUCACAUGGCGUGGGAUUAAGAGAAUUUCACAGGCGACCGCAUUCGGAUUCACUCCCGGAAAGUUCAUCAAUGGUGCCGCCUGGAUAAAGCCUAGGAGAGUGCCUUACACCCCAGGAUUUUUCAGCAUCAACUCAACAAAUGUGCAAGGGCAAUACCAAUAUGAAAUGCGAUCGAAUUCGAGGGUAGCUCAUUGAGAAAGCUAAGCUUUCUGCUUAUUGUAUAGCCCAAGGUUUCAGCUCGAGGAACAGAUCCCACUUUGACCAAAAAAAAAAAAAAAACAUCGUUAGAUCAUCACCAUUUCUUUUGUGACUUUCACAGCUUCAUUCAUUUUUUUUUCCUCUAAUUCUCUAUGUACGAUAUGCUUAUAAAAAAUAUUUCAAAGGAUUAAUUAUCAAAGAAAAAUGUUAACAUUUU